CACAACCAUCUCAUUGGCUCAGAAGUCAGAGACCCCGGUCAUAUAAAGCGUGAGUGCUUGAUAUAGAAGCCUCUUCCCGCUGGCAAGCGUUUCGGACCAAUCGGGAAAAUACAUUUUACGCGCGGAGUGCUUGGAGAGCAGCGCAGCUGGCGGUACAUAUUUUCGAAGGAAGAGUUAUACAGCCAACAGAGUUAACUGUGAGUGGAGGCGUCUGAGUGGGCAUGUGGCUACUGGAGAAGCUCCGUAGCUCUGUGGAGAGCAGUGGGACCAAAUCUAAGUCCCCGCAGACAAUAGAGGCCAUUCCCAUCUCUGUUUAUACCAACGUCCUCACUCCAGAAAAGAUCCCUGACUUCUUCAUCCCCCCCAAACUUAUUUGCUGCCCUCCAGAGGAGUCUCUUACCCCGGAGCCUAAACACUGCUCCAAAUUACGACCCUCUGUGUCUGACCAUGCCAUCUGCAGCCAGAGCCCCAGAGCUCGGAGCAGCAACAACCCCUGCAGCCCUCGCCUCUUUCCUCGCCUGGGAGGAGACGCACGCAAUCUCCAGAGGUCAGCCAACCGUCACAUCAUCCAAAUAGAGAGUGCAGAUGAGCCGGGUGCCGGAUCUGUUGACAGGCCCAGUGUCAACACAAAUGCUGACCCCCAGUCACAGACUGCAAUGUCUCUGCCGUAUGUCCCCAAAGCUCAGACUUCAUAUGGCUUCUCCACCCUGGUGGAGUCUCCUCACACCCGCCGCAAGGAGAGCCUGUUCCACAGCGACCCAGGCACCCCCCUCACCUCCCCGAACACCCAGAGGCGCUCCCAAGGGGGGACUCUCCUGGCCCCAUCUGACCCCAACCCCUACCGCUAUUUCAGCGGUGGAGAGAGCGACACCUGCUCCUCAGCAGAGUCGUCCCCCUUUACCUCCCCUCUCCUGUCCCGCUCUGCCUCUCUCCUACGCUCCAUUACCCAGGAGACACAAGCCAAGGUGUCUCGUGCCAAGCGCACUCUGGCGCGUCACAGUUCUCUCUCCACUGAUGACUGCAGCUCAGCAGACAACAGCCCCAACAUGCAGCGCCGCCGCAUGCGCUGCACUCAAUCUCCCGCUUUCCGUGGGCAUAAAAGCAGUGGCUCAAGGGGCGCAGCGUCAGACCGCGAGCACACAAUCAACCUCCACAAGGGGGGGACACUGAGGCUGAGCACUCACUACGAGCCAGAGGCAGCUCGGCUGAGGGUGCGCGUGCUCACAGCCGAAGCCCUCUAUGACAGGCAGACGGACCUUAAAAGCAUCAACUGCUGUGUAGCACUCUACCUGAACCCUGGAAAGCAGCAGAAACAGAGGAGCACCAUCAUCAAGAAUAGCAGGAAUCCAGUAUUCAAUGAGGACUUUUUUUUUGACUCACUGCCCCAGGCACAAGUAAAGAGUCUGGCCAUGAAGAUAAAGGUAGUGAACAAAGGAACCAGUCUGAGGAGAGACGUGCUUCUAGGAGAAAGGGAGGUGCUGCUCAGUGAGCUACUCUCAGGCCUCUAGGGAGCCCCUGUCAAGACUUUGGUGAAAACAAGCAACUCAAAAUAUUGAGGGCCCUUUCUUCUCUGGCUUCCUUUUUAUCCCACUGAACAGAUCUGAUAAAUACUGGGCAGGUGAAAAGCUGCUGAUGAUAAGGGAGUGGUAGCUUGCACACUGUGGUAUGUACAUCAAUGGACGAAAAAAACUGAAAACUCAAAAGAAUUGAAAGUCCCAAUUUAUCAAGUAGCCAUCAUUAACGUUUUUCUGUCCAAAUAUCAAGCACCAUGAUUUACAUGCGUACCAGUGUAUUAGUAAUGUAAAAAAAGUGGAGCUGUUGUCCUUGUUUGUGUAUUUCUCUUGUGUUGUAGUGUUGUCUUCUCUCAUGUGGCUCAAUAUCAUAUCAGCUGUGAUGCAGGGAUGAUCUUGUUAAGGUUGGAGCUGUAGUUUUUGUAAUCAUGUAGUAAUAUUACAUGUGGGUUUUGCACGUUCCUGUGGAAACUAAUCAUUUAACGCCUCUGUGUACUUGAAAGAGUUUAUAUUUGGAAAUUAGAUUUUGGCAGUUGGUAGUUUUGUAGUUGUAGUUGUAGGUGUAAUGUUAUUAUGACUGUUGUUAUGUGACAUGCUUUUGAACAUAUGAAUAAAAACACUAAACUCUCACUGAUAUGUC